AUGGUAAUAAUUGUUCAGUUUAUAGUGCACGCAUCAAGAGGCUGCCGUAAUGAAACUGAAUUUGAUUGUGGUUAUGACGAAGGUAACGUUCACAAAUGCAUCCCGAUUGAAUGGAUGUGCGAUAAUCUUGUUGACUGUCGUCUCAACGCACGUGAUGAGUCAAGUUGUCGAUACAUACAUUAUUGUCCACGCGACACAUUGGCAUGUCGUAACGGGGAGUGCUUGGAUGCAAUAUUCAAAUGUAACGGUUUUGAUGAUUGUGGUGAUGGUACUGACGAGCGAGGUUGUACCGAGUUUUAUCUUAAUGGUCACAUUAGUGCCCCAGUGCGAUGUCCACCGAACCAGUUCAGGUGCAAUCGAGGGCCGUGUAUCACAGACUAUGCUAAAUGUGACGGAAUGAAAGAUUGUCCAGAAGGUGACGAUGAGGAAAACUGUGGACCAACCACAAAUGUGACAAUGUCGUGUUCUGAAAAUCAGUUUAUGUGUGACAAUUCGUGUUUACCGCUUCAAUGGAAAUGUGAUGGACAGAAAGACUGCGACGACGGUACCGAUGAAAUCGAGGAGGAGUGUGGUUUACUGCAUGAGGAGGAAGAUGAACUGCUGAAUUUACCAACUCGUGAAGAAUAUCAUCAAAUAUCGUUACGUAACAGUUUCUGCUCACCGUCAGAAUAUCUCUGUGAACCAGGUAAAUGUAUUCCCAGAGAAAAACUCUGUGACAACCAUAAAGAUUGUCCGAACGGCGACGAUGAAGGCCAUCGAUGUGGAGAAUGUGCAUCAUACGGCUGCUCAUAUUCAUGCGUUGAUAAUCCAGAUGGAGCACAGUGCUUGUGUGCAGAAGGUGAAGAGCUGGCAGGUGAUGGUCGUACGUGUACGGAUGUAAAUGAGUGCGAUACACAUGCAGCUGAGGUUUGCUCACAUAAGUGUGUCAACACGCACGGCUCGUUCAGGUGCGAGUGCUUUGACGGAUUCGAUCUAAGCUCUGAUGCACGCUCAUGUCGUGCCAAACCAGAUCCAUACUCGUCCAUCCUCUUCAGUCUUGGCAGUGAGGUACGACAUAUGCCUCUAUCAUCACUAGGCUCAACGACCAGCUACGGUAUCUAUCAACAUAACGAUCAAAUGGGAACGAUUGUACGUUCAAUAGUGUUUGCUCGAUCAAGCAAUCAACUGCUGAUGGCAGUUUCAAAUGCCGAUCACGAAGGACAUAUUCAUUCUUCAGUGAACGGCUUACAGAAGUGCUUAAUUGGGGAUGUGAAUGGCAUUGCAAAUUUGGCGUUUGAUUGGAUCGCUCAAAAUAUUUAUUACACUUCACAACAUCCAUCGAAUGCGACUGGUGUUGGUGUGUGUAGCUUGAACGGUCGUUUCUGUUCUUUACUGGUCAAAGGUAUCGUUAAUAAUGAGUAUUAUCGAAGACAGGCUUACCGUGGUUUAGUGGUAAAUCCCCUGCGUGGUAUGAUGUAUUGGAUUGAUAUCCCAGGUUCAUUUGACUCUCCAAAAAUUAUGACUGCUGAUAUGUCCGGAAACAAUGUACGAGCACUUGUUAGCACGAAGCUUGAACAUCCUCAGGGGUUGGCUAUGGAUUACAUAAAACAGAGGCUAUAUUUUGCUGAUAUAGAGCUGAGGCUUAUCGAAAGGGUUGACGUUAAUUCCCUUGAAAGAGUAACAAUAACGUCAAGAGGUGUGCAUCAUCCGUACGAAUUGGCAUUCUUUGAUGACUACAUUUAUUGGACUGAUUGGAGCACUGAAGCGCUGGUAGCAACCCGGGUAAAUGAGCAGGAGACUCCUCAUGUGGUUCAUUCUCUUGAACAAAUGCCGUAUGGCAUUGCUGUUAAUCAUAGUGCUUACUGGAAUAUGACUAUGAGGAACCCUUGUGAAGAUAUACAGUGUGAUCACUUGUGUGUAUUGUCGGUAGGUGUUAAAGGUGAUGUCGUCGGACGUUGCAUGUGCCCAAAUCUUUAUAAAAACAGCGAAGAAUACGGCUGCAUUCCAAUGAACUCUACAGAAAUACAACAGCUUGGUGGUGCUCGUAAUGUACCGUCACUGUGUACGACAAUGAUGGUUGAAUAUUGUGAGAAGGGCAUUGGUUGCAUGAAUGGAGGAACUUGCGUCAAACAGAUCAACAGUCAUGGACACGUCGAAGCUAUUUCGUGCAAUUGCGUGAAUGGUUUCAAUGGUCAGUACUGUGAAUUAGGCAGUGCAUGGACAGAUGAUGAACUAGAGAUUGAUGAUAGCUCAUUCUUGUCUAUUUUAUUCUUGCUAGUGCUUCUGAUCUUGAUCGCCAUCAGCGCUUAUCUAGCCUCCGAAAAGUGUCCUGUUGUUCGUCGUGGAGUUGAUUCACUGCUAGCAAUGCGACUUGUUCGAUUAAUCAAUCCAUCUGAGGAAGAUACUGAGCGAAUCAUCAAACCUAAGUCAAUGGUUUAUGAAUCAGACGGCUUCAGCAACCCAUCUUAUGAAGUUCCUGAGAAGGACAAAAUCCCUUUGUCAUCGGGUGCAGCUCCCACUUAUAAUACUCUUCCGGAGCACCAUAAUGCGUCUCUGCAUCGCACUCCCGAACCACCGCGCUUCUCAAUCGAUACUCCAUGA